AUGUCCGCUCGCUCCGCGAACAUAACUGAAACAAACACAGACACAGACGAAGCCCUCUCUGUUUCUCGUCCUUUAUUCUACAUUCUUCGUCCUGACCGCUCAUUGCAGCCUCUAAUCGCCCUCGACGAGUUUCCCACCUGGCUCAAGGUCCUAAAUCCUGACAAUGAUAAUCUGGCAAGGAUGGUACAAGUCAACAAAGACAACCCAUAUCCCCGAAAUGCGGAAUACGACAUCCUCUGUCAAUACUGCUUGAAUGCUACAGAGAACAUGGACGCUUUGAUGGAACGCGAUUAUGCACCCACGAAUCAGUAUGCGCACAGGGAACCGGCGACAAAUGCAGCGGUUCGUCAGUCAGCCCAACAAGGAGCUUCCAAUCUGCCGCUUAUGCAGCGAUCACAAACAAGACCAGGUAUUAGCCACCAACAGGUCCAGCAAGCAGUACCUCGAGCAUCACAGAUGCAGUCGCUACAAUUGCAGCAAGGAGUAAAACAGGGAUUACAAUUGCAGUCGCUACAACAAAUCCAGCUACAAUACGGGCAGCAGCAAGGUUUCCUACCGCACCUACUAUGGUGGCAGAACUACGGUCGAACAUGGGAUCGGGACCAACAACGCUUAACUCCCUACAGAUCGCGUCCACAGCGAUGCCAAGGUCGUUUGCUAGCACUACAUCCACAGAGUAGAAGUCCUCCCAAUGUGAACGCGAGCCAGGCCGAAGAGACCCGUGGACUUGAUCCUACGGCACCGGAAUUUGUGCCAUCAGCUGUAGGAUCAUCGGCGGCACCUAUCUAUCAGUAA